AUGAGUACGAUAAUCACGGCGGAAGCCAUCGGCGAGUACAACUACACCGACCGGAUAAUCUCAGCCGUCGCAUUCGCGUUGCUCUAUUACGACUUCAUUCUAACGAUCCCGCAAGAGGUGGAACGGUACUGGACCGGAAGAGUGACGUGGCCCUCGUUCCUCUUCUUCUUGAAUCGAUAUACGGCAGUCCUUGGGCACAUUCCUGUGAUCGCCGAGUUCUUCGGAGUCCUACCAGAGCCGGUCCCCACCUUGUUCUUCAUCGCUUCUGAACUAAGCAUCGCCGCUGCGCUGAUGCUCCUUCGGACGUACGCACUGUACGUGCGAGACCGCCGCGUUCUUGCAUUGCUCCUCGCGCUCAUUGGCAUAGGCGUGAGCGUCAGCGUGUGGGUACUCGUGGUUGGUCAUUUGAUGGAGAGGCCAACAAUCGCGCCCUCAGCAACACUUGCGCAUGCAGGGUGUAUUCUAGCGCUAUCCCAGGAGGAGGGAGACGACCUCGCCAUUGCGUGGAGCGCUAUCAUGGUCUUCGACGUCGCUGUGUUUAUCUUGACGGUCCUCCAGGCGCUCCAGGUCCGAGAGACCUGGUGUGGAGGCUAUUUCGGUGUGAUACUCCGAGACGGUACAGCUUACUUUGCGAUCCUCUUCCUCUGCUACCUAUCCAACAUUCUAUCAUAUACGCUGGCACAGCCCAUGUACAAGAGCAUCAGCACUACAAUCACGAACGUCGUCUCGACCACGCUCAUUACCCGUCUCAUGCUCAACAUCCGCGAUCCUGAGCUGCGAGGGGCCGGGCCGACUUACUGCUCGCCGGACGAGGCGUGUUAA